GCUGCCCUCUUUGUCCGCUUCCUCCUCACUCUCGGCGCCGGAUUGGAUAGUUGUGCCCAAAAACCUCCUUCCCAACCACCCGGCUCGGAUUGCAUAUAGCUACCCUGUCUGGAGCUCUUUUCCCCGCCGACUGCCCCUGCCGCUCCCGUCGACUGCAGCUAGAAGCUCCGCGCCGCCUCAGUCUCCCCUUUACCCGAAAUUGGAGCGCUGUCCUACCUAUAACUAGCCUGCCUGCCCACACGGAAGAGCUGCGAAAUCCUUCAAACCCCGAGUCAAACACCCCGCCAUCUCCCCCCAGUCGCCCUAGCGCAUCUCCGAACUACCCCUCCAUCGCCGCCGCAGAACCACCUCCAUGUCUGAAGGCGCGACGAAGCCGCCCAUCAACCCCGUGGUUGCUGAGGCGCACGAAGUCGACACCUACCAUGUUCCCAAGGCCUUCUUCGACAAGCACCCGCACACAAAGCCGCAUCUGGACGGCCUCGAGCACUACCAGCAGCUCUACAAGGAGUCCAUCCAGGAGCCCGAGAAGUUCUGGGGCCGCCUUGCGCGCGAGCUUCUCACUUGGGAGCGCGACUUCCAGACCGUACAUAGUGGUAGCUUCAUCAAUGGCGACAGCGCGUGGUUUCUCGAGGGCAAGCUGAACGCCUCGUACAAUUGCGUGGACCGCCACGCCUUCAAGGACCCCGACAGGCCGGCUAUCAUCUACGAGGCCGACGAGGCCGGGGAUGGCCGGACCAUCAGCUAUGGCGAGCUCCUCCGCGAAGUCUCGAAGCUGGCCUACGUCCUGAAGGAGAUGGGUGUCAAGAAAGGUGACACUGUUGCCCUCUACAUGCCCAUGAUUCCCGAAGCUGUCGUCUCAUUCCUCGCCUGCUCGCGCAUUGGUGCUGUACACUCUGUCGUCUUCGCCGGCUUUUCAUCAGACUCCCUACGCGACCGUAUUAUUGAUGCUAAGAGCAAAGUCGUCAUUACUACCGACGAGGGCAAGCGUGGUGGCAAGGUCAUUGGCACCAAGAAGAUCGUCGACGAGGCCCUAAAGCAAUGCCCGGAUAUCACCCACUGUCUUGUGUAUAAGCGCACAGGGGCCGAUGUGCCCUGGACCAAGGGCCGGGAUUGGUGGUGGCAUGAGGAGACUGAGAAGUAUCCAUCAUACAUUGCCCCUGAGAGCAUGUCCUCAGAAGACCCGCUGUUCCUUCUCUACACAUCCGGCUCCACUGGCAAGCCCAAAGGUGUCAUGCACACAACCGGUGGAUAUCUUCUCGGCGCUGCCUCGACUGGAAAGUACGUGUUCGACAUCCACGACAAAGACGUCUUCUUCUGUGGCGGUGAUGUUGGGUGGAUUACCGGUCACACGUACGUCGUCUACGCGCCGUUGUUGCUGGGUGUAGCCACGGUGGUCUUCGAGGGCACACCCGCAUAUCCCAACUUCAGCCGCUACUGGGACGUAGUCGCGAAGCACAACGUCACCCAGUUCUACGUUGCACCGACAGCGCUACGGCUGCUGAAGCGCGCGGGUGACCAGCACGUCACAGCCCAGAUGAAGAGCCUAAGGGUGUUGGGUAGUGUGGGCGAGCCGAUUGCCGCAGAGGUGUGGAAGUGGUACUUCGAGAUUGUCGGCAAGGAGGAGGCACAUAUUGUUGAUACCUACUGGCAAACAGAAACCGGUUCUCACGUCAUCACACCUUUGGGUGGUGUCACACCAACGAAGCCGGGCUCUGCUUCCCUACCUUUCUUCGGCAUCGAGCCCGCGAUCAUUGACCCCGUGUCCGGCGAGGAGAUCCACGGUAACGACGUCGAAGGUGUGUUGGCCUUCAAGCAGCCAUGGCCAAGUAUGGCAAGGACUGUCUGGGGUGCGCACAAGAGGUAUAUGGAUACAUAUCUAAAUGUGUACAAGGGAUACUACUUCACCGGUGACGGUGCUGGCCGUGACCAUGAGGGAUACUACUGGAUCCGCGGCCGUGUCGACGACGUCGUCAACGUCUCUGGUCACAGACUAUCGACUGCUGAGAUCGAGGCUGCGCUAAUCGAGCACCACUCGGUUGCCGAAGCCGCCGUUGUCGGUAUUCACGACGACCUCACCGGGCAAGCCGUCAACGCCUUUGUCGCGCUAAAAGAGGGGAACGAGACCAACGAUCAGGUCAAGAAAGACCUCAUCCUGCAAGUGCGCAAAUCCAUCGGGCCGUUUGCGGCGCCCAAGGCCAUCUUCGUUGUUCCAGAUCUGCCCAAGACCCGAUCCGGCAAGAUCAUGCGGCGAAUUCUAAGAAAGAUUCUUGCCGGCGAGGAGGACCAGCUUGGAGAUACUUCGACACUCUCGGAUCCAUCGGUUGUCAACACGAUCAUCGAUGUCGUGCACCAAGCGAAAAAGAAGUGAACCUAGGAGGCAAAUAAAAGACGACAAUUGAACGAAAGACAUCGACUCAGUCUUAGUGUAAGGCGGGCAAUGGAUGAGACAUGAUGAGCUAAGAAAUGUAUUUUUGACAGCUGAGCAGGAGGAAGAGUGGCGAAGCUGGAAGGCGCAGACAUGUUUGGAUACUUCAAUUUCCGUAUUUUCUAUACCUUAAGUCGCUUGUGCUGGAUAUGGAGCUUCAGAUAGGAACAAGCCGG